ACAGUGAAAAGAAAGUAAGUCAUUCCGCAGGACAGAAAGAAAAUUAUUAAGUUUUAAAGGAUAUUCAUUGCGGUAACAGUUUUGGUGCGCGGAGCUUCACCUGCCCCCCCCCCUCUAUACCCACCCCCCCUCUUGACGAUGAGCUACCUCUGAGCAUUCUCCUGAUCUCCGCGUACGACCACUCAGCUAAGACGACCACCAUGAUGGACGACCUGCCCGCCCCCCUCGCCCCCCCCAUGCGUGCCAACGGCGCCGGGGUGGGGGUGGGGGAGGGGGAGGGGGAGGAGGACGACUUCAGGGCGAUGUACCAGCUGGAGGCCGAGAGGAGAAAGACCCUUAUGAAGCUCGCGCAGAAGGCGACGAGGGACUACGACGAGCUCAAAAGGCGCUACACAGACACCACGCAGACGGCGGAGGUCCUUCAGCGCCGCCUGGAGGAGAGGGAACACGAACUCAACACACUCCGGAGCGACAAUGAAGCCAAAGUCGUGUCCACAGUUUCGGAGGCAGUGUACCACGAGUACGACGCGCUCCGCCAGAGAUAUGAAGUCGAAGCCGAGAGCAUGGCGCAGGCCUUCAACAGGGCGACCGAGUGGUACCGCGAGAACAAGAGUCUUCGGCGGGAGACGGCGAACCUCAAACGCCAGAGCGCCGUCCUCCUGCAGCGUGUGGCGGCCUGUGACUCCGGCGAGUUGGAUUUGGCAGCCCUGGCAAGUCUCGCCGACGCCUCCUCCUCGUCCUCGUCGGGGGCGCAGCAGGAGAUGCAGCAGCAGCACGAGCAGGAGGUGGCGACGCUCAUGGCGAAGAUUAAGUCGCUCGAGGUGGACGUGGCGAGUCUGACGGCGGAGGCGAACAAGGCCAAGCAGGACGAGUUCGAGGCGCAGGAGGAGCUCCUCGACGUCCGGAGGCAGCUGGACGAAGCGGGCCAGCAGAUGCAGCACAUGCAGAGCCGCCUGACGGAGCUGGAGGCGGUGGAGCGCCGGAUGGGCCGCGUGUCCGUGCUGGUGCUGGACGAGGUGGAGGCGCUUCAGGCCCAGCUGCAGACGGAGGCGGAGAGGGCGAAGAAGGCGGCGACGGAGGCGGCGAAGGCCCGUAGCGAGCAGGCGGCGCUGGCGAGGCAGAGCGCCGUAGCUCUUGCCGACGUGAUGGGCGACGAGCGACUGAGGCUGGCGCUGGAGGAAGUGCACAGCGUCACUCAGCAACUGCACGCGCUCGACGAGGAACACAAGCAGACCAUUCAGAAGCUGAAGGCCAAGUUGCAAACAUACGAGACGGGAGAAAAGGCCGCUGAAUUCGACCUGCUGAAGGAGCGCGUCCUGCUGCUGGAGGAGGAGGUCAGGACGCAGGAGAGGAAGGCCAUGGACGCCGCGGCGCUCGUGGACAAACUUCAGAAGGAAGUGGAGGAGCAGCAGCGGGAGAUCAAAUCCCUGAGGCAGGCGCAGACGUCCGCCUCCAGCCACGUCAACGGGCCCUCUGGCGAAUCCCCCGCGCGGUGCCGAACUUCCGCCAAAUUCGAAUGCCAGCCUGGAGCCCCUCCCCCUCCACCUCCCCCUCCCCCUCCCAGCGGCGGGGCACCCCCUCCUCCACCUCCACCUCCUCCUGGCGUUGGAGCUCCUCCUCCUCCUCCUCCACCUCCUCCACCUUCCUCAGGCGGCGGUCCUCCCCCGCCUCCCCCACCUCCCCCUCCACCUCCACCUGUGAACCCCGUAGCGACGUUGGCGACCAUGAUCGGGGUCUCCAAGCAGAACAAGAAGGAGGCGGACGGGCCGGACUCGGGCGGCAAGCCCAGCGGCGGCAUGGACGACCUCAUCAACCAGAUCAAGCAGGGCGGCGUCAAGCUGAAGGCCACGAAGCCCUUCUGCCUCGGCUACAGCAGCAAGAAGGCCUCGGGCGAGGUGACGGACAAGCCGGCCGACGCCGUGCAGGAGAUGAAGAGCAUCCUGGCCACCAUGAAGCGCGGGCGGGCGGGGAGGCUGCGGCCGUCCGCGGUGUCGCAAGAGGCCAAGAAGAACACGUCCAAGAAGAACAAGAAGGACAAGGACAAGGACGUGGAGAAGAAGGCGGAGGAGGAGUGCGACGAGAAGCCGCCGCCGAGCGAGGAGGAGGCCAGCCCCAGGGACGGCGAGGACUCGGGCAAGGGCGCGAGCAAGGAGGCUUCCCCGAAGGCCGAGACGUCUCCGGAGCCGGAGAGCAGCUCGCCCGAGAAGGAGGAGGAGGAGGGGGGGAGCCCCAGGACGGCGGAGGCGUCGUUCACGCUGCGCCUGCACGCGGCGGGCGGUCACGACGCCGACGAGAGCUCGAGCCGGGAGGCGACGCCGCCGUGCUCGAGCGGACGCGACUCCGAGGAGCGCGACUCGGGGCGGCCGUCGCCGGGCAGGGCCGUCUCCAGCACCACCAUCUUCCUCAAGUCCAGCCGAAGCCCCUCGGAGGAGUGAGGCCGCGAGAGGCCCGGGAAACAGAACGACGGAGCUCAAGAGCCUGAGGAGAGGAGGGGCGAAGCCGGCCCUCGCAGCACUGUCCUCGCCAGGAAAUCAAACCGAUGUUGAUGUUACAUAUUUUUUUUUCAUCUGAGCCAUUAAAUGUAGGUGCUUCAUUUGUUUAUAUUAAGAUGAUGGUACGACUGUUCUAUGGAUAGAAAAUAUUUAAUACCUUGACUCCCCCAUCCCCCCCAUCCCCCCGACCUCCCCCAACCACCAAUAAGACGUUGUGUUGAAGAAGUUAUAACAUAUCAAUUGAAUCUAUACAGAGUCUAUCGUAAAGCCCGUUUUGCCUUCCGUAGAUUCUAUUCACAUGAUCUAUUUUAAUGAUGUUAUUGAUUCCCUGAAAAUAAGAAUAGUUAAUAUGGCUUUUACAAUGUUACAGUACUCCUUAAUGGCCUAUGAUAAUACUUUUGUGUAUAAUAACAACAGAAGUAGUAGACGCAUACAAGGUGCCUCAGUAUUAAAUCUGUAUUUCAUGACCUGCAUUUAAAAUAUACGAUAUCAUGGCAUUAGCAUUAAAGAUAGGAUUUAUCUUCUUUUUUUUUUUGUUAGUGGUGUAGCAUUAUGAUUUUUUUUGUAUAAUGAUUAUGAUUAUUUAUGUAUAUAUAAAAACCAAUGCAAUUAUGAGGCUCAUUUAAUUGUUUCUAUUCUAGUAGAGUUAAGAAAUUAUAUACUUUCUCCUAAAAAGUGCCAAAAUUUUCCUCUGAUAUGUUAGACAUAAGCAUCCGAAAUUCCCAAUAAAUGUUUGUUUGAAGAAAUUAUGUAAGGAAUUGUUCAAUAGAAUUUGGUUAAGUCAUGUAGUUUAGGUAUUUCACUGAAGUUAUCUUGGAUUCUAAGAAUAUGAAAUAAUGUCAGUCAAGCUUGCUCAAUGAACUAAGAUCUCUAAAAGGAACUUUUUUAAAUACAAGAAAAAUACCUCUCUUUUUAGCAUAAAUUCUCAAAAAUUGCUCCUGGUUAUUGUAAGAACUAAAAAUGGCAUUGUUAGUGGUUGGCAUCCAGGUUCCCAACCAUGAUCUCAGUCUCAGUUCUUUUCAUAUGAAUGAUGAUAAUAAAUGUGGAAGCCAGGCAAGGCACCGCGCCAGAACAUUCGGGUAAAGCACAGCAUCACAAAUUUUACAUCGUUUGUACUCAGGAACGACUUGGAAAAUGGUGCAUUUAUUGGGUGUAAAUUUAAGGAUUUCCGGCCUGAGCUGAACUCCAAACGUUUCAAGAUCCCCACAGUGCCUCUGCGGAAUAGGACUGAAUAAAAUCUCUAAGGGUACGAUGUGAAUAACUCAUAGAACUAGUCCUUCCCUCUUUGGAACCGAAUCACUUUUUAUAACAGAAUGUGCAAAACAAUAUAUGAAAGUUAUGUCAGUUCCUUUGAAAUGGAUGAAGAGGUCUUUUUCUGUAUUAUUGUUUUUAAUUGUUAUUGCUUAUACAACAAAACGAGUCAACGACAGAAAAGUGAAAAAUCACUUGCUUUUUUGGGGGUUCGAUUUUGAAGCACGUGCCUUGUGUAUUUACAUUUUUCUUCCAGGAUAACCAUUUUUCUACCUUCCAUGAAGGUUGUUUUUACAUAUUUUGAUAGUGUUUUCUUUUUUUCUUUUUUUUUUGUACAGUCCUUUUUGAGUAUUGUUAAGCGCGAGUGAAAAAAAUCAGACGAGUGCUCAAUUUUUUUUUUUCUUUUUCUUUCAUUCUAUUUUUUAGUAUUGACAAAGUUCUGUUUAAAAUGAGGCUGUUCAGUGCGACUUAUUGAGAGAACUAAGCUAGUCAAAGUAGUAUUUUUUUUUUCCAGUCAUUUUGUAAUGGUGGAGAGCAGAGGUUUUUAUUCCCAGAACGUUACAGGUUUUUACGUCGACUACAGACCCUGCACUUUGUAAGAUCUUUUUGGACUAUGGAGACUAUAAUUCCUUAAGAAGCAAGUGCCCCAGAAAGGGGAAAAAAAAAAAAAUGUAGAAUUAAAGAAAUUUUGUUUAUACUUCAUGCACAAAUGAGAAAAUAACUGUAUGAGUUUGAUAACAUUGGAAAAAGGGAAUUGUUAAUAUUACACUUUUUAAAGAAGAGAAAAAAAUAGUCCUAAGUGAAGUACUUCUGAUUGAAAUUUCUGUUUAGAGUGCAAGCAAAAAUUUAUGUAUUUGCAUGCAUAGUUGACUGGAUUUUGUAGUUCUUGCUAAUUUAGCCAAUACUAUGUACUUUUUUUCAUUUUUUGAAAAAAAUAGCUGCUUUGAUGUUAAAUUUUCCUCCAUGCAAAUAUGUGAUUUCUGUUUCUCCGUAGGGCAAUUUUGAUUUUUUGAUUAUUGGGUAUUAAUUUCAUGUGAUAUAAUUUAUUUACUAUUUCUGCUCUUUGUAAUUUUACUAAAAUAUUUUACCAUUCAUUCUUUUCUUUAUAACAACCUUUUGAACACUGCUAAACAACUUUUUUUUUUUUUUUAACACAGCUGCAAAAGCAAGGAUUUAGGAACUAGCUUGUUUGUAAUAAUGGCUUUUCAAAGAAACAAUUUUUCGUCAUGUAAUAUUUUGGACACCGUAGGCAGGUGUUGUUUGUGAAUUUGCCUCGCUUAUUGUAAUAUUUUUUUUCUCACUCUCUUACUCCGUUUCCUUGUGUAAUGUCAUUUCAGGAUAUUUGAUUAUUUUUUACUUCUUCAUUUCUCAAAUAUAGAAGUAUAAAGGUAUAUUUUA